AUGGUAGCCCCAAAUGACCACUGGAGACUCCGCGCUCGUCAGUUUCAGAGAUUUUACUACCACGAACCACCACUGCACAAUAGAGAACUAAUCACAGCUGCUGACUUGAGAAAAGCCUACUUACAUGAGCCUGUCUAUGAACUCUCUAAAUGUGCCCCUGGCGAAGAAGCUUUUCCAGAAACAUGGGACGGGGAAAAUACAAGCUUAUUCCGUACCGUCAGACACAAGUGUUGGAAGGACGUGACGGCUCCUCCUGGUGAGCUAGAGGCAGCUGGAACUAGCAUGGCUAGAGCCUCCCCGACGCUGGAGGUUCAGAAUGCACCGGCGUUUGCCCCUGACGAGACAGAGAUGCGCAACAUUACCGUUGCCAAUGACUUUCCCCCCUCAAAGACCAUGAAGCAUCUCAGCUCCGUCCUGGAUACACUAGAACCAGAUGGCAUGCCAGGCGGCUGGGGCGAGGAAGAAGAAUUCCCGUUCACUAACAAGCAGUUUGCUAGAUAUCGGCGAUGGAGAAAGAAACCAAGCAAAGAACACGGAAAGGAAUAA